AUGCACGCAGCACUUCCACGGUCGUUCCUUCGAGGUCGCCUUUUCAAAGCAACGUGUGGGCGCGCCAUCUCCUCUGGCCUCCCCUUCUCCGUUGCAUCUGCCGAGCCACAAAUCACUGCAACUUCCGCCGAUCCUGUCCCAAACCUCCUUCGUUCGACAGCAACACCAAAUGUGUUCUCUUCACCGAUCCCGUCCGUGCCAUGGUUUCCUCAGCGUCGCCAAGAUUUGGAUUUGUGCGCCCAGAACGCUUUGGAAGUUGACUUGGAUCCCGAUGACCCCGGACUAAAUGAUCCUGCGUAUUGCGCUCGGCGUCAGAUUCUGCGCACGAAUGUCCUGAACUAUCGCCAAGGUCAGGAGCUGCCGUACGUCGACUACAACGAGUUGGAAACCCAGACAUGGAACACGAUCUACUCGACGAUCCGCCCCAAGUGGAUGACGUACGCAUGCGAGGAAUACCACGCAGUCCUGGCCCUCCUCGAACGAGAGAUUGGGUACAGCGCGACGGCAAUUCCACAAUUUCGAGACGUGUCCGGGUUCUUGCAAGCCACGACAGGGUUUACCCUGCACCCCGUCACGGGGUACCUCACUCCUCGUGACUUUUUGAACGGCCUGGCAUUUCGAGUGUUCUUUUGCACGCAGUACAUCCGCCACCACUCUGUGCCGUUCUAUACACAAGAGCCUGACAUUUGCCACGAAAUCAUGGGCCAUGUCCCGAUGUUUGCGGACGCCGACUUUGCCGACUUUUCCCAUGAAAUCGGCCUCGCGUCCCUCGGUGCGUCGGACGAUGAAAUUGUGCGGCUCGCAGCCGUCUACUUCAUCUCUGUGGAAUUUGGCAUGUAUCGUCGUGACGGACAGGUCAAGGCAUUUGGAGCUGGCCUGCUUUCCAGCAUUUCCGAACUGGAGUUUGCAUGCAACCCAACACGGCCAGCAGGCGGUCGACAUGACUACGCCGAGUACAGAAAGUGGUGCCCUUUCGAAGCCUCCAAGCAAUCGUAUCCUGUCACCGAGUACCAGCCAUACUACUACGUGUCGGACAGCGUGGAGCAAGUGAAGGAUGGCGUCCGACAGUACAUUCGGUCGAUGGAUCGACCAUUUGACGCGUCGUACGAUGCUGCCACCAACACCAUCCUUACAAACAAGCAUGUGCACGUGAUGCCAAGGCACAUGUAG